AUGCUGCUCACUGCUCGUUUGUUCAUAGCUGUCGGCUUGUCGCUACGGGGAGUUGCCUCACAGACACCAUAUUCCGAGACGCUUGGACCCCUGGCAUGGACGGCUCCAGGUGUCUUUCCCACUUCCUUGUACCAAUCUUAUUACAAUGAUCCCACUGCGACCUCUGCAGAACCGCAGCCCGUCAUCACUGAUCCCAUAACCCAUGAAACGUAUCCAUACUGGAUAACCAAUCCCGAGACCAUCCCUGAGAGCGAUACUUUCGAGCCACACCCCUUUCCGCCCCCCGUGUCGACUCUUGAACUCGCCGAAGUAGCUUUUCAGCAGAUCUUGUCAAUCGCUUCCAGCCCUGGUUUCGGCAAUGACACUUGCGCGCGUUGUCUGGCUGCGCUCGAAGUCGGCAAGUUCGUCGCGCUCGCAACACCAGAGCAAACCUCCCUGUUGGCCGUACGCGUAUGCGAGUAUUACAACUUCACUACAGAUUGUGAGGGGGAGUACGGCCCAUUCGAUACAGGGGGGGUAAUCGCUCAGGUGAUCCAGCUUGCGGAUGUCGCUGGAUACGAUGGACAGAUGAUCUGCAACUACUUCUUGAGCCUAUGUCCCGUUCCACCCACCAGCCCGCUUGAUCUAACAAAUUGGUUCGCAAAGCCUAAACCAGACCCCCUUCCAGCGCCGAAACAACCCACCGGCCAGCGACUGAAAGUCCUUCAUCUGUCCGACCUGCACAUCGAUCCUCGUUACACCAUCGGAGCCGAGGCGAACUGCACCAGCUACUUGUGCUGUCGCCCUGGAGUUUAUAAUGCAGACAACCCCGAACAGGUGGUUCUCCCCGCGCCCCGUUAUGGCUCCUUUUAUUGUGACGCGCCGUACCCCUUGGUAGUGAACGCCUUUCAGGCUGUCCAAGAACUUGCCGGAGGAGAUGAUGGGUUUGACUUUACGAUCUUCACGGGAGAUCUCCUCUCGCAUGAUUCUCAUACCUUGCUAUCAGCCAUGUAUACACUCUACACUGAGACUGUACUGUACGAUUUGAUAAAGCAAUUGAUCAAGACUGGACCCGUCUACGCUGUUCAAGGCAAUCAUGACACCUACAAUUAUGCCCAAAAUUCUCCAUACAACAUCGAGAAUGGUCUAGUUAACCAAUAUAAUUGGAAUUACGAUCAUCUCGCUGCGCUAUGGGAGCUCGAUGGCCAACUCUCGCCCGAAGCUGCUCAGCAAGCCCGAACUCAUUAUGCCUCAUAUUCUGUUCAGCGCCAAGAUGGACUGAGAAUUAUUACGCUCAAUACUGACUUUUGGUAUACUCAGAACAUGUUCAAUUACAUUAACCUUUCUUCGUCCGACAACUCGGGGAUGCUCAGAUUCCUGACCGAUGAGCUGCAGGAUGCUGAGGACGCGGAAGAGCGAGUGUGGAUUUUGGGGCAUGUGCAGAGCGGCUGGGAUACUGCAGACCCCUUGGAGAAUCCGACCAAUUUAUUUUACCAGAUUGUCGAUCGGUAUUCUCCCCACGUCAUUGCUGGCGUGUUUUUCGGACACACUCACGAGGACCAAGUGAUGAUUUACUACAAUAACAAUGCGACCAAUAUUAGCGUUGCAAACGCUCAAACUGUUGGCUGGAUUGGACCAUCGUUAACGCCGCUCACUGCGUACAAUUCUGGGUUCCGCGUCUAUGAGGUGGAUUCUGGUACAUUUGAAAUCCUCGACUCUUAUACGUAUAUUGCGAACGUCAGCUUGUUCCCUGAACUCGACGGACAGACACAAUUUGGACCCGUUUUUGAGCUCGAGUAUAGCGCACGAGACACUUAUGGUGGAAACAUUACCUGGGAUUCCAGUGAUCCACUGAACGCUACGUGGUGGCAUUUAGUCACAGAAGCUAUGUACGCUGAUCCAGCCCUCGUGGAGGCUGCCGCGGCCGUCGUCGCCGUCGUUGGCAGCGAGGAGAAUGGCGACAUCGAUCCCGCCGGUUGCUUAGGGCAAAAUUCCUUAUAUAAGACCCUCGGUUUGCCUCCCGGUGACGAGGAGACCCCCCUGCUUCAUGACGCACACCGCACAAAACCCACUCGAACACCCAUCCCAUGGAGCCAGCUGUCCAUCCUCCUCGUCCUCCAGCUCGCUGAGCCUCUCACCAGCCAAGUUAUUGCGCCAUUCGCACCGGAGCUUAUUCGGAGCAUUGGGAUCACUGGUGGCGAUGAAGCCAAGGUCGGAUAUUAUGUCGGUCUUAUGUAUUCGCUCUUCUUUGCUACACAAGCGGUGACGGUCCUUCAUUGGAGUCGGUUGUCAGAUCGUGUCGGAAGGAAGCCUGUUAUCAUGACUGGUCUGCUCGGUCUGUCACUCUCAAUGUACAGUUUUGGUUUAUCGCGGACGUUCUGGGGACUUGUCGUGAGCCGUAGUCUGAACGGAGCUUUGAACGGGAACAUUGGUGUAUUGAAGAGUAUGAUGGCGGAGAUUACAGAUUCAACCAAUAUCGCAGAGGCGUAUGCUUAUUUGCCUAUAUCAUGGAUGGCAGGCGGUACUUUGGGGCCUAUGAUCGGCGGAGCAUUGUCACAUCCUCAUGAACGCUUUUCAAACAUAUUUGGCCAUAUGGAAAUAUUCAAGACAUAUCCUUAUUUACUUGCAUGUGCCGUACCUGCAACAUUCUCGUCUAUCGCAUUCCUAGUUACACUGUUUUUCCUCAAAGAGACUGUAGCAUCACCCGUAUCCAUUCGUCGUAUUAUCAAGCUGCGCAAGAGCAAGGCUAACCUUACGCUUCAAAACGUCGUCGGUGCAGACGGACCUAAACCUCCAACACCAUUCGUAUCAUCGAAGGCCGCGGUAGAACCACUUCCACUUCGUGCUCUCCUCAUCCCCCGCGUGAUAAUAUCCGCGGGUAAUUACGCUCUCCUCGCCAUUGUCGAUAUCAGUUACCGAACGGUGCUUCCUGUAUACAUGUCCACUCCGAUCGAUCUUGGUGGUCUUGGUCUCUCUCCUCAGAUGAUUGGCACCAUUCUGUCUGUGUACGGUUUAAUGAACGGCGUGAUCCAAAUCAUGCUGUUCUCGAGAGUAAUUAACCGAUGGGGAGCGAAGAAGGUUUAUGUGUUCGGCAUCGCUUCAGCGCUCCCCGUCUUCGCUUUGUGCCCUGCCAUUAACGUCUUGGCCCGGGCACAAGGAUAUAGCGUCACCGUAUGGACCCUGCUGGUCGUCCAGACACUCAUUUCAAUACCGCUGAACUUUUGCUAUGGGAGCGUCUUCAUAUACAUUACGGCAUCGUCACCGAACAGGAGUUCUCUUGGUUCUGUGAACGGUCUCUCGCAAAUGAGCGUGUCUAUCAUGCGCGCGAUCGGGCCUGCGUUUGCGAACUCGAUGUUCUCGCUGUCGAUAGACAAGGAACACCACUAUCUGCACGGUAUGUUGGUGUACGUUUUCCUUGCUUGUUUAGCGUUCGUCGCGCUAGGAGUAGCGACAUUGUUACCGACGAAGGUGUGGAAAGACGAUGCAGAGGAGACCUCAUGA